GGGCUGCUGCUGCUGCUGCGGGGCGCGGCGCCGGGCGGUGGCGGCGGCGGCGGCGGCCUGGAAGCCUGCAGGGCCCCGGGGAGCUGUUGGGCGCGGCCCAGGGGCCCCAGCCGCGGCGGUUUGAAAACUGUAAAAGGAAGCAGCUGUCAUCUGUGCACUGACGUGUCUCAAAGCAUCACUUACCAAGAACUUAAAGAUUUGCUCCAUUCCAAAACUACUGUGCUAAUCGAUGUUAGAGAAGUUUGGGAACUUAAAGAUCAUGGAAGAAUUCCAGGAUCCAUUAAUAUACCGUUGGCCGAAGUUGCUGAAGCUCUACAAAUGAACCCAAGCGACUUUAAGGACAAAUACCGUCAAGCAAUGCCGUCAAAAUCAGAUAGGGUAGUGUUUUCCUGCCUAGCAGGAGUGAGAAGCAAGCAGGCCUUGGCUACUGCACUCUCUUUGGGUUUUAAAAGUGCUCAGCAUUACCCUGGAGGUUGGAAGGAAUGGACAAGCUACGAAUUUCCACCCAAGAACGAAUGAACUCCAAGAUUCCCACCUGUGCCUUAUUUAGGUUUCUCUUACAAACCGCGGAUGUUAAUAAAGCAUUUUAAACGAUCAAGCCAA